GAUGGAAAGAAUGAGCUGGUUUUAGAGAGUAAUCCUAAAUGGGCAGCGCUCAGUGAAGUCCUGAAAGAGAUUGAAACAGAGAACAAGAACAGUGAAGCCCUGGGAGGACCAGGCCGUGUGUUGAUCUGUGCCAGUGACGAUAGGACAUGUGCUCAGCUGAGAGAGUACAUUACCGUGGGGGCAGAGGCACUUUUAAUGAGGCUGUACAACAAGACCUUUGGGAAGGAUGAAAAGGCAGCAGAAGUAUGGCUGAAAAACAGAAAAGCAGUCAAGAAAAAGGAAUUGGUUACAGGUGGGAAGAACAUGCAGAGUAAGAAAGUAAAAGAUUGCACAAGCAUGCAGAAGAGAAACUGCAAGAAAACAGAAUUAACUUUAACACAAAUGAUAGGAAAAGUGGAAGAUGAUGGUAUGACAAAAGAGCAAGAAGAAGGCAUAUUCAAAGAUGAAAGCAUUAGCAUGGAAAGUAGCUUGGAAGAGCCGAAAUAUGAAGAUCUCCAGUUGAAUUUACCUUCAGACUCUUAUUAUGGCAUCUUAAAGGAACCCCUGACUGUCAUCCAUCCUUUACAAGGCUGUACUGACCCCUAUGCGCUUAUGAGGUUAUUGCAUGAAAUAGAGCCAAGAUAUGUCGUCCUGUAUGAUGCAGAGCUCAGCUUUGUUCGUCAGCUUGAAAUUUACAGAGCUAGCAAGCAGAAAACAUUAAGGGUUUAUUUCCUCAUCUAUGGGGGUUCUACAGAAGAACAGAGGUAUCUCACGUCCCUCAGGAAGGAAAAAGAAGCAUUUGAGCAACUUAUCAGAGAAAAGGCCAGCAUGGUUAUCCCAGAGGAAAGGGAAGGACGAGAUGACACAAACCUGGAUCUGCAGAGAGAUGCGACUCCAGCCUCAGCUGCUACUGACACACGCAAAGCUGGAGGUCAGCAGAAAACCUUGCAGAAAACCAUCAUUGUUGACAUGCGGGAAUUUCGGAGCGAACUGCCAUCUCUGAUCCAUAGACGCGGGCAUUGAUAUAGAACCUGUCACAUUAGAAGUGGGGGAUUACAUUCUCACCCCAGAUAUAUGUGUAGAGAGAAAAAGUGUGAGUGAUCUGAUUGGAUCUCUCAAUAAUGGACGUCUCUAUACACAGUGUGUUUUCUAUGUGUCGUUACUACAAGCGGCCUAUUCUCUUAAUUGAAUUUGACCCUAACAAGCCGUUUUCUCUCACAUCAAGAAGUUCAAUCCACCAGGAGAUUUCUGUGAAUGACAUCACAUCAAAACUCACCCUCCUCACUCUCCACUUUCCAAGACUGCGCAUCCUUUGGUGUCCUUCACCAUACGCCACCGCAGAACUCUUUGAAGAGUUGAAGCAGAACCGAGAACAGCCUGAUGCUGCAACAGCAAUGGGUAUAACUGCCGACUCUGAAACUAUCCCAGAAUCUGAGAAGUACAAUCCAGGCCCUCAGGACUUCCUACUGAAAAUGCCAGGGGUCAAUGCCAAGAACUGUAGAGCCAUAAUGAAUCAUGUAAAGAACAUAGCUGAACUGACAACACUGUCUUUAGAGAAACUAACUGAAAUCCUUGGCAACUCAAACAGUGCAAAACAGCUUCAUGACUUCAUUCACGCAUCCUACACAGAAGCCAUUUCUCACGGGAAAGCUAAACGUUAA